CGCCUGGGGGUGCGCUCGGCGUGAGUCUGUGCAGAUCCCUGACACGAGUCACCGCUCCGGACUGUCCCUGGGAACACGAUUGGUCCCCCGUGCCAGCCCCUACCCCGCGGGGCGCAGGACAGAGGCUCCCUGCUUUUCUGGGACGUGUCUGAGCUGUGCGGGGGCGGCGGGAUGGACAAGUUCCUGGUGAGGCCAAACCCAGGCGACCUCCAAGGGGGAGGGGAGGAGCCCGCCCCGACCGGAGGAGCCUCGGGCGACCUGAAGAGCCCCAGCUGGCGACACCUUCGUGCGGAAGGUCUCAACUGCGAUUACACCGUCCUGUUCAGCAAAGCCGAGGCAGACAAGAUUUUCCAAGAGCUGGAGCAAGAAGUGGAGUAUUUUACCGGUGCACUGGCCAAGGUCCAGGUAUUCGGAAAAUGGCACAGUAUACCCAGGAAGCAGGCGACCUAUGGAGACGCUGGCCUCACGUACACGUUUUCCGGUCUUACCCUGACACCAAAGUCCUGGAUUCCGGUUCUAGAGCGUGUCCGAGAUCAAGUCUGCAGGGUGACGGGACAGACCUUCAACUUCGUGCUCGUGAACAGGUACAAAGAUGGUUGCGACCACAUUGGGGAGCACAGAGACGACGAACGGGAACUGGCCCCCGGGAGCCCCAUCGCGUCUGUGUCCUUUGGCGCCUGCAGAGAUUUCCUCUUCCGGCACAAAGACUCUCGAGGGAAGAGGCCCCGGAGGACAGUGGAGGUGGUCAGGCUGCAGCUGGCCCACGGGAGCCUGCUGAUGAUGAACCACCCCACCAACGCCCAGUGGUACCACAGUCUACCCAUCCGCAAGAGGGUCCUGGCUCCUCGGAUCAACUUGACUUUUCGGAAAAUUUUACCUACUAAGAAAUAAAACAUGUGUUUAUUAUUUUGUGU